AUGCUUUCUGCGAAACAGCCCCCUCCCAAAGUCCUCGUGCCGGAAAAGCUGUCGCCAGAUGGGUUGGCUCUUCUGCGUGCGUCGCUCGAGGUAGACGAGCGAAGGGGUCUUGAUGCAGAUGAACUCCUCCAAAUCAUCCCUGAAUAUGAAGCUCUGGUCGUCCGCUCCGAAACCAAAGUCACGGCCAAUCUGCUUCGAGCCGCCAAACAACUCAAGGUCGUUGCCAGAGCGGGAGUAGGAGUGGACAAUGUGGGUGAGUUAGCCCAACCCCCCCUCCCCCCUUCCCCCAGCCUUGGUUCAUGGCCACUGACAAGUCACCGCACAGAUGUCGAGGAAGCCACCAAGCUCGGCAUCGUCGUUGUCAACUCGCCGUCGGGCAACAUUGGGGCUGCCGCGGAACAUACCAUUGCCCUGCUGAUGGCCAUGGCGCGCAACAUCCCCGAGGCCUGCAGCAGUCUGAAAAGCGGCAAAUGGGAACGAAGCAAGUUUGUCGGCGUCGAGGUGAAGGGCAAGACCCUGUCGAUCAUCGGGUUGGGAAAAGGUGAGCUUCUUGCAAUCUGGGGACGAGGCAUUCAUUUCCGCUACGAUGGGGGGUCGAGUGGAUGGGCUGACCGACAAACAGUCGGCUUGACGGUUGCCCGGCUGGCCAAAGGGCUAGGAAUGCACGUCAAUGCACUCGAUCCGUACGCGUCCCCUGCUGUCGCAGCGUCGGCAUCUGUCACGCUGGUCUCGUCGCUGUCGGAGCUGCUGCCCACGGCGGACUUUCUCACCAUCCACACGCCGUUGAUCGCGUCGACCAAGGGGAUGAUCUCGACAGCCGAGCUCGCGCAGAUGAAGCCCGGUGCCCGUAUCCUCAACGUCGCUCGCGGCGGCACCAUCGAUGAAGCCGCCCUGCUCGAGUCUCUGGAGUCGGGCCACCUGGCCGCAGCGGCCAUCGACGUCUUCACUACCGAACCUCCCCAGCCCGAAUCGACUGCCGCUCGGCUGGUCGCCCAUCCCCGCGCGGUCGUCACUCCGCACCUCGGCGCCUCCACGGUCGAAGCCCAGGAAAACGUCUCCAUCGACGUCUGCGAGCAGGUCCUCCAGAUCCUCAACGGCUCCCUCCCGCGAAGCGCCGUCAACGCGCCGCUCAUCCUCCCCGACGAAUACCGCAAGCUGCAGCCGUUUGUCCGCCUCGUCGAGAAGAUGGGCAGCCUGUACACGCAGCACUACGCCUCGACCGUGGGCGGGUCCAUGACGCGGAACACCUUUGAUCUCAUCUACCACGGCGAGGUGGCGGGCAUCAGCAACACGCGCCCGUUGUUCGCCGCACUGAUCAAGGGCCUCCUGGCCCCGAUCAGCGGCUCCGAGGGCAUCAACAUCAACAUCGUCAAUGCGGAGCUGGUCGCGCGCGAACGCGGCAUCUUCGUCAACGAGCAGCACUCGCGCGAUCCGGCGGAUCAUUCGUAUUCGUAUUCCUCUCUUGUGACGCUGGUCGCGCGGCCGCCUUCGCGUGCCUCCUCCCGUGCGCCGGCCCCGGACGCGACGUCUCAGACUGGACCCAACCCGCAUGACCAACGCAUCAUCUCCGGGACGUGCAGCGGCGACCAGCCGCUGAUUAAUCGCCUGGGCCGGUUCGAGACCUCGUUCGUCCCGGAGGGGACGCUGCUCAUCUGCGAGAACUACGACUCCCCCGGGAAGAUCGGGGCGGUGGGGAGUCUCUUGGGGCAGGAGAGGGUCAAUAUCAAUUUCAUGACGGUGGCUCCUGUUUCCAGGAAGCUUGCAUUUGCGUCUGGGGCGACGGACGAUGGAGGUUCGAAGCACGAGGCGUUGAUGAUCCUGGGAAUCGACAAGGUGGUGGAUCAGCGAGUGGCCGAUGGGCUGAUCAAGGGGGGAGGGGUUUUGAGUGCUAGUGUCAUUUCUCUUUGA